CGAUUUUAGUAUUUCGCAUUUUAUUUUGCCAAAAAAAGGCAAACAAGAAAAGAAGAAGAGGUAAAUAUCCUCCGCACUAGGCUACUAGCAUCAAAGGGUUCUAUCACCUGGUUCAAGUGAUGGGAAACCCCAAGCAGAAAUGGACAUCCGAAGAGGAAGAAGCUCUUCGAGCUGGCGUGGCUAAGCACGGUGCCGGCAAGUGGAAACAUAUCCAGAAAGAUCCUGAGUUCAACCACCUCCUACAUUCUCGCUCCAACAUUGAUCUUAAGGAUAAAUGGAGGAAUCUGAAUGUAAGUGCCAAUGCACAAGGCGGACCAAGGGAUAAAUCGAGGGUUCUAAAGCUAAAGGCUAACCCUGAUGCUCAUAUGACUCCGGUGCCCAAUGCACUGACCACCAAUGCUCCCCCCAUUCUACUAUUACAGGAUGCAGGGGGGGCAGCAGAUACCAUGGUUGAGGAUACAACAAAAUGUUUAUUAGACGGGAAAACUGCUUCAAAGUACAAUGCAAUGAUUACUGAAGCACUUUCGACUCUAAAGGAUCCAAAGGGAUUGGAUAUAACAACAAUUGUCAGUUUCAUUGAGCAAAGGCAUGAGGUACCCCCAAAUUUCAGACGGAUACUGAGUUCUAGGUUGAGGAGGCUUGUUCAACAAGACAAACUCGAAAAGAUACAAAACUGCUUUAGGAUCAAGAAAGAGUACUUACUUGGUGCAUCUACAACCCCUAUUCCCACCCCAACUCCAACCCUGAUUCCAAGGCAGGAGAGUAGGCCAAAGGAGGAAGUACAACAUACUGGUGGCUAUCUUGGGAAUACAGUAGAUGAAGCAGCUACAGAGGCUGCCUACAGGAUUGUGGAAGCUGAGAACAAAUCAUUUGUGGCAGCUGAAGCUGUCAAGGAGGCUGAAAGGGUCUCCCGAAUGGCUGAGGAGAGUGAUGUUCUGCUUCAGCUGGCGAAGGAUAUCUAUGAUAAAUGUGCACGAGGCGAGAUUGUGCUACUGGCCUAGGCUGUGGCAUGUAGAUAGUUUAGGUGUAAAUCAGUGAUUUAGUGUUCAUUUCUUCUUAUCGGUUCAAUGUGACUGCAAUAUGUGCUUUGUAAAUUGGGGUCACAUCCUUGUUGGCUUGUUGCAUCUUAUACCUUCUUUUUUCUGAAGAAAUAUACGAUUAUUAAAACUUUCAUUUUUCAACUUUGUGACUCAGUGGUUCUUGUUUUUUCCUGUCUACUUCUGUGAUUUGUG